AUGCUCCAGAAAAGCGCCGCCGGGCCUAUUUGGAAGUCGGGACCGCGUCGGGAAUGGCUGAUCAACAAGGUGAUGUGCCCAGAGGGGUAAGUUCAAAGGGGAUCCGAAGCUAUAAUAUUUUUCGCGGGAAAAAGAAGAUUAAAAUGUCUGUUACCGAGAAGAUGAACGAGAAUUCCCGUUCAUUCAGCGGAAAACAAGGAGAAAUCAAAUCGAAUUAGGAAUUCGCACAAUUGGCUCCCUUUGAAUCACGUUAUCGCAACCGCUGCAAGAAGUUGCCCUGAGGGUGUGAAAGGGGGAUUCUUUCGGGAGGAAGCGGGCAGCCGAGAAAGGGGCAAGGAGCGACCCGGGAACAGACGCAGACAUCGAUCGCGCGUAGUCGUCGUCCUCUUCUCCCCCCAAUAUUCCUCCUCCAUCUUCGCUCCCACACCCCAAUCGAGAGACUGCGACGAACCCAGAGCGACGUGCGAGAGAAGAGAGAAAGUCGCGCGACCUCCUCGGGUUCCCUUAAACCUGCUGAUAAUCGGGUUCAACAUCCCUCUGCGCGCCGAGUUUCGGCGCAACGGAUCGCAGCGCCGUAUCAGUCCAUGCGGUGCUGA